UCCCGACUCAGAGAAUGACCUGGAGUCCGGGAAUUUCCCUGGCCCGGGGAUUCCGGGCUUUCCCGCCCCAACCGUGCAUAAAAGGGGUGCGCCGGCCUCGGGAGCCACAGACCCGCACCUCGGGAGGCACAGACAGCACCGCAAGCCCCUCGCGCCGAUCUCCACCGCACGCACCGCCGCCCUCCCGCCGAGCCAUGACCCAAGUCGCCCGUGUGGCCCCCGCCGCCCCCCGGCUGCUGCCGGCCGCGCUGCUGCUCCUGCUCCUGGUCGCCGCCGGCCAGCGCGCAGCAGGGGCGCCCGUGGUCGCUGAACUGCGCUGCCAGUGCCUGCAGACCCUGCAGGGAAUUCACCUCAAGAACAUCCAAAGUGUGAAGGUGACGCCCCCGGGACCCCACUGCGCCCAGACUGAAGUCAUAGCCCAGCUCAAGAGUGGGCAGGAAGCCUGUCUCAACCCUGCAGCCCCCAUGGUUAAGAAAAUCAUCGAUAAGAUGCUCAACAAGGGCAGCAGCAACUGACCUGGAGAGAAGUAAGCAGCUCAGCAGCUCAUUGGUGGUGGAGGUUCCUGCAGGCCAAUCCCUGCCCUUCCAAGAGCUGAAAAUGAAAUGAGAACAGCUGGUUUCUGGAUCACCUGCAAAGCACUUAAUAUGUUUGAGUAAUUCCUAUGAGAGUUCUAUUUAUUUAUGUAUUUAUUUAUUUUUCAAAGCUUGUAUUUUAAUAUUUUACAUGAUUUUAUUUAAAACUGUGACUGUGUUUCAUCAAACAUAGCUCAGUCCUGAUAAUUAAUGUGAAAAUGAUGGGUUUGUGAAGUCUUAUUAAACUAAUAUUUAGCGGGAGGCCAUCCAGUGUCAGCCACUGUGCUAGGUGGGGUGGGAAGCAAUUAGUGACAUCAAUGUUAGGGUAAGGGAAUGCGUGUGCAUGUCUAUUUUUGUACUUUUAAAGGAAUGUCAGUUUUUAUUUAUUGAAAUUAUCCCAUGUUAUAUAGUCAACAUGUUUAUGUUGAAGCUUCCCUUGGACAUUUUAUGUCUUCCUUGUAGGGCAUACUGCCUUGUUUAAUGUUCAUUAUGCAAUGUGUCUCUUUGCCUUGUAACUGAGAAGUUACAGUUACUCUUACGUUUUUAUAAAUGACGUGAAAAUGAAAUUUUUUAAAAAAAGAA